AGCUUCAAGCUUCGGCUAUUCUCUUUUGCCCUCUCCUCUAUAAAACAAACAAUUUCGACGAUCGGUCGGACGGCGAAAAGCGAACCCACAUACACAUCACCUCCAAUAUUUACGCACAAACAUCUUUUUUAUCUAUAAUUUGUGUAAUCAAACUCGAGCUUGGACACCUGAUUUUGUUGAGAUGGAAACUGCACAGGACCGUGAUACUAAAGUAGUUAGUGAGACAACAAAAUCGUGUAUGGAUACAGCUACUUCAGAACAAGGCAAUUCCAGAGUAAACAUAUCUGCCGUUGAUCCAGAUACUGGUACUGAAAGUAAGCUGCUCUUAUACAGACAAGAUGUUGUAAGGUGCAAAAACAGUGACAAAAUCGGGAUGGUUACUGAAGUUGCUGGCGAUUCUGAUUCUGAUUCAGAUAGUAGCAUUACUGACGAUGAAGAUGAGGAUGAUAAUGAAAAUGACAAGACUAGUAAUGAAGAGGAAGGUGUUGCUGAUGGAGAUACCAAUAAUAGUGAUGAUGAGAACAAAGAUGAUAGCAAUUACAAGAUUAGCCAGCUUGCAGCUGACCAAGUCCGAGUCAUUUGGAUGGAUGAGUCUGAAACAGUACAAAACGUGAAGGAUGUUGAAUUAGUUGACAGGGGAUUCUUACACGGGGAUUACGUCGCUUCUGCUGCCGACCCAACAGGUCAAGUGGGUUCUGUGGUGGACAUCAACAUUUCUGUUGAUCUAAUGACAGGUGAUGGAUCUGUUAUAGCUGACGUGUCAUCAAGAGACUUGAAACGUGUAAGAGAUUUUGCUGUGGGUGAUUAUGUUGUCCAUGGUCCCUGGCUUGGUCGAAUUGAUGAUAUUUUAGACAAUGUUACAGUCAUGUUUGAUGAUGGUUCUGUUUGUAAAGUUAUGAAGGCUGAUCCCUUGUGUCUAAAACCAGUUGGUAAAAAUAAUCUUGAUGAUGUACACUUCCCUUAUUAUCCUGGUCAGCGAGUAAAAGCAAACUCUUCAUCUGUUUUUAAAAAUUCAAGGUGGUUAUCUGGUCUGUGGAGAGCUAAUCGGUUGGAGGGUACAGUAACUAAAGUUACUGUAGGGUCAGUGUUUAUUUACUGGAUAGCAUCUGCUGGAUAUGGACCUGACUCUUCAACCACCCCAGCUGAAGAGCAGAAUCCCAAGAACCUUAAGCUAUUGUCUUGUUUUAUGCAUGCAAGUUGGCAGUUAGGUGAUUGGUGCCUUCUUCCAACAACCAGCCGAUCAUCUUCUACAGUCCUGAGUGAGGGUUUAUCAAACUUAGGGCUCCAUGAUAAAAGGCGUCAUCAAACACGACAAGAAAGUGAUUCCGACACCCCCACUCCUGAAAAUUUGGAUGAUAAUGGUGAAUCGAUGGAAUGUGAUGUAGAUACUUCACUAAACAGAAAUGAUGGAAAUAUUGAUAGUAAUUUAUCUGGUGAAUCAGGAUCUUGUAGUAGUCCAUUAUCAGCAUCGAAAGAUAAUGUUCGUGAAACUUGGCCUCUUCACCGCAAAAAAAUACGUAAAGUUGUAAGAAGGGAAAAAAAAGCCCGGAAAAAAGAGGAAAACUUUGAAAGAGCCCUUUUAAUUGUCAAAACCACGACGAGAGUUGAUGUUAUCUGGCAAGAUGGAACCACAGAAUGUGGGUUGGUUUCCAAAAGUUUGAUUUCAAUUGACAGUCCUGGUGAUCAUGAUUUUGUUGCUGAACAGUAUGUAGUGGAGAAGGCAGGUGGUGAGAGCGAUAUUGCUGGUGCCAUUGCACGAGUUGGGAUUGUCAAAAGUGUCAAUGCAAAAGACAAAACAACUUGUGUGAGGUGGUUGAAAUCCGUUUCUAGGGCAGAGGAUCCUAAAGAAUUCGCAGGGGACGAGAUAGUAAGCGUUUAUGAGCUUGAGGGGCAUCCGGACUAUGACUACUGUUAUGGAGAUGUUGUUGUUAGGUUGUCCCCUGUUUCUGUACUGGACGAGCCGAUUUCUCUGCAAGGUUGUUCUGAGAAAUCUAAACAAUUUAACAGCUCGUCAGAUGUUAACCAGGUGAUGGAGAAGAGCUCAUGUGAUGAAACUGUGGCGGGUUUCUCAGAACUGUCAUGGGUUGGUAAUAUUACCGGGCUUAGAAACGGUGAUAUUGAAGUCACAUGGGCUGAUGGAAUGGUAACAACGGUUGGGCCUCAAGCAAUAUAUGUUGUGGGUCGUGAUGAUGAUGAUUCAAUUGCAGCUGGAAGUGAUGUUAGUGAUGACGCAGCUAGUUGGGAAACAGUUCAAGAUGAUGAAAGGGAAGUCCUUGAGAAUGCAGAAGAGGAGCUCGAAACCCCAGAUGGCAGUGGUAGCAGUUCUGAGGUGGAUGAGAGCAGAACCAGUGCAGAAAAUUCUGGAAUGAAUGGAGCUCUUUCUUUUCCUCAGGCUGCUUUUGGAUUUAUGUCUAGACUGGCAAGUGGAAUAUUUUCAAGGGGACACAAGCAUGUAGAUCCAUUUAAUGCAAAUGCUAGAGAUGCUCAAGUUCAGGAGAUAACAAAUUUGGUGAAUAUAGAUGAUGGUGAUGGAUCUGGCUCUCAACGACCUAAUGGCACUAUUAAUGAUUGUAACGUGGUAAUAUCUCAUGGGGAAGUUGAGGAGCAAGUUGAUGCAAAGGGAACAGACUUGUUGGAAGUUACAGAAGAUCUUUGCAGCUCAAAUCCUAGGAAAUUAAAGGCUGUAUCAAGUGAUGCAGCUGAUUCUUCUUUCAAACGGUUUGAUAUUGCAAAGGAUCCUUGCGACCAUUAUUUUGUUGGUGCUAAUGGACAGGGUAACACUGGAAGGAAGUGGCUCAAGAAGGUCCAACAAGAUUGGAACAUUCUUCAGAACAAUCUGCCUGACACAAUUUAUGUACGGGUUUAUGAAGAUAGAAUGGAUCUUUUGAGGGCUGUAAUCGUUGGAGCAUAUGGGACGCCCUACCAAGACGGGAUUUACUUCUUUGAUUUUCACCUUCCACCGGACUAUCCUAAUGUUCCACCUUCAGCAUAUUAUCGUUCUGGAGGAUGGCGGAUAAAUCCUAAUCUGUAUGAAGAAGGCAAAGUUUGCCUUAGCCUAUUAAAUACCUGGACAGGCAGAGGAAAUGAAGUAUGGGAUCCGGCAUCCUCAAGCAUCCUCCAAGUUUUAGUUUCACUUCAGGGGCUAGUUCUAAAUUCUAAGCCAUAUUUUAAUGAAGCUGGGUACGAUAAACAGAUUGGAACAGCUGAAGGAGAGAAGAACUCAUUAUCAUACAAUGAGAAUGCAUUCUUACUGAGCUGUAAGACUAUGAUGUACCUUAUGAGGACGCCGCCCAAGGACUUUGAAUCUCUUGUUACCGAGCAUUUUAAGAAACGUGGAUAUUACAUUCUAAAAGCAUGCGAUGCUUAUAUGAAAGGUUAUUUGAUCGCCUCUCUUACUGAAGAUGCCUCUUUAAGUGAUAAGAGCAUUCCUGAUGCAAAUUCUGUUGGUUUCAAGCUAAUGUUGGCUAAAAUUGUUCCAAAGCUUUUUCUAGCACUCACUGAAGUUGGAGCUUGUUGUGACGAGUUUAAGCAUCUCCUACAGUCAUAGCACACAUGUUUGAGAGUCUUGUGUUAAUAUUGAAGAGGUCAGACCAUUUGAUUUGGCAGUCAUCUUUUGAAUUUUAGAAAAGAAAGAGCAGGAAAGAAAUCCGAUCCAGGAUACAGGCUUUUUAAAAAUUUCUACGUGUCUUCUUGCAGUGUGAAAACUAUUCUUAAUAUUUGGACCGAAUACAUUCUUUUGUUGUUAAAACACAGCCGAACUAUAGUUUUCGGUUCUGCAGUUAAACUGCAGGACAUGAUUAAAAUAGUCCAAUCUUUAUCAUAUUUACCCCAUCUUGUAAUGCUGGCAAAAUUUUGGCUACUGAUGUAACAUCUGUACAUUUCUUGCUAUAUGUUUUACUCUCAGGUGGGAUUGAUGAGUAAGUUGGUCGUUUCCUGCAUUGUACACUCUUUUUCUCCUGGAUGAGCAAUAAAUUGUUUUCUAAUUUCUA